GACUGGAUCAUUGCACCCGAGGGCUAUGCCGCCUACUACUGUGGUGGAGAGUGUGCCUUCCCCCUCAACGCCCAUAUGAACGCUACCAACCAUGCCAUUGUGCAGACACUGGUGAGUUCUCCAAGAAGGCUUAUAAACUGCUGAGCGCUAACAAAGCUCCAAAGGUGACAUAAUUGGCCCUUCAAAGGGAAUAAGUGACCUUUGAAAUCUUUUCGUCGACUUCUGACCUUGUCGUCGUCUCCCAGGUCCACCUCAUGAACCCGGAGAAUGUGCCCAAGCCCUGCUGCGCGCCCACCAGGCUGCACGCCAUCUCUGUGCUCUACUUCGACGACAACUCCAACGUCAUCCUGAAGAAGUACAAGAACAUGGUGGUCAGGGCCUGUGGUUGCCACUGA